UCGCUGGCCCGGGUAUAGCCGGGCCCACACACCCUCCCACGCACACACUCUUCACCAAGGAGGCCCAGACUCAGCAUCCAGCAUCAGCACCGUCGUCGAGGACAAGGUCUGCCCGUUGUUCACCUCUGCUCCUGUUGCGUCCGACAGCCAUGCGUAAUCUCUUCAUCUUCAUCCUCUUCGGCGUGGCCUUUCUCGGCCUCCUCCACCUCACUGGGGCAGAGGAGAUGACAGGAGAGGAAGCUGAAGGAGCCUCCCGGGACAAGCGCAACGUGCCCAACUGGGCGCUGACCUCCUCCGACUUCUUCGGCUGGGUGGAGGAGCUGCGCUCGCACGCUGGCUAUGAAAAGAUCGAGGACCUGGCCAGAACCUUCUGGGCUCACUUCCCCUCCGCCAGCCGGCUGGGCUACGGCACCGAGGAGCCAGAGGAGUGAACCAGGGAUCCAAACCCACGACCCUUUCACACUGACUGUUGUGUUACUACCAUAGAGGUCCCAGGCAUUGCUGGUUGUUGAUAAUUAAUAAUAAAUCAAUACAAAUAUG